AUGGUCCUAGCGCAUUCGAGGUGGCUGAUCGGUGAUGGACGGAGUAUUGAUGUGCUGGCGGACCCAUGGGUGGAUGCAGUUCCCUUGAGACUAUGGCCGACGACUCUCUGUGCUGAGGCGGGGGAGGGUCUCCGAGUUUCCGAUCUGCUCCGACCAGGAGGAGCCGAGUGGGAUAGUGACAGGCUGGGCCAGCUGUUUGGAGAGCAUCUAGUAGAGCGGGUCUGGUCGAUUCCCCUUCCGGGGUCAGAAGGUCCAGAUGUCAGAGUCUGGAGCACCACCAGUAGAGCGAGCAUUGGGGUCGGCGAUGUUACCCGGCUUAUUCAGCCAGGUUCACAGUCGGGGCUAGAUUGUGGUUGGGUGUGGAGGUUUGGGCUACACCAGAGGGUUGCUCUUUUCCUCUGGAAGGUGGCCUGGGCGCGAUUGCCGACAUGCUCAGAGCUGUGUAGACGCGGUAUGGGCCUUUCACCCUUAUGCCCGGACUGUGGGGUGGACGAGUCGGUGGAUCAUGUUCUAUUCCACUGUGCAUGGGCGAGAGGUGUUUGGAGGCUGACUGGGAUACCGGAGGAUACCUGGAGGAGUAGGGAGUUUUACUUGGAGGAGGUUCGGCUUUGGGCGGGUUCUACUCAGAUGCGGGGAUUGGCUAUUAGGGCGUCCUGCACAGCGUACCAGAUAUGGCUGGCCAGGAACGCCCGGGUGUUUUGUCAGCAUCGGCUGUCCCUACGGUUUGUGAUGGAGCGGGCCUAUGCUCAGGCGACAGAGAUUAUUCAGGCAGAGCCAGCUCAUAGACCUUUGAUAGCUCGGGACAUCUGGGGAUCCCAUAGUGCUUCGGCAGCUCCACACAGGAUAGUGCAAACUGCAGUGUAUGAGGAUGAGAUAAAGCUCUUAAUGGAUACCAUAGUCCUUUAG